AUGAACUUGACGCAGCAAGAUUUUAUUGACUUCAACGACCGCGUUGUGAGCUUCCAAUUUGAACUACUGAAGCUCUACAUGCGCCAUCAUGACGAUGCUCCAGCCAAUAUGCACUUGAUUAGUGACAGGAGCGUUUUGGAUCAGCUGGCAUACCUGAAGUGGAAGGUCUCUGAAGGGCUCGUUGCAAAGAAGAAACUCCAGGAGGCGUGGAAGCUUGCGAGCAUCGAAUCAAUGAAAAAACUCUACGUCAACACGAAAUUCAUAUUGAUGACACCGAAUCCUGAGCUUUGCGUCAAUGAUGGCACACGGAUGCUUUCUGACGAAAAAGGCCUUUGGAAACUUUUUCAAGCUUUCAAAUGGGUUUUAAAGGAGGCAUCCAUUGAUUUUGAUCAAUUCACAGCAAAAAAGGACGAUGCUCAAGAUCUUAUCGACUUUUUGCUUGGGUAA